GCCUCCACGACCCUCACAAAACUUGCAAAAUGAGAUGUACUUCGUCGUCCUCGACGCUUUGAAAGCCGUGAACAAGCGCCUGGACACGUCUCCAUUAAUUCGUGCUGUCGAUUAUGACUGCGCUCUUAGCUUUUGGCACCUUUGCCAUCUGUGACGUCGCUGGCGCAGGAGAUGGCACAAGAUGAACAUGAACAGCAUUACCUGAAUCCUCGAGCCAGUCUGCGAUACUCUUCCUACAUUGAUCCGUCGACAGGCGCGAGACUGAGCAGAACCUUUACCCUCCGGAGCUAUGGCAAGGCCAAUGAUGGACCGGGGCGCGAAGAGUCCGACGAGACGACCCCUCUCCUAUCCCAAGCACUUCCUUCUGACGGCUAUGUACCUCCAUCGAAAGCCGGGGCUCUGAUGGUCAAGAGCAAGGAGUAUGCGACGCGACUCAAGCAAUUUAUGCAGUCCGAUACAGGGAAGGGUAUCUUCAAAUGUGCUCUAGCAUACCUCCUCGGCAGCCUUGCAACAUUUGUUCCUGCAUUGAGUCAGUUGUUUGGUCGCCAGAACUCUAAGCACAUGGUCGCCACCAUUACAGUCUAUUUCCACCCUGCCAGGUCCCUUGGGAGUAUGCUUGAUGCCUUGCUUCUCGCAGCGUUGGCCUUUCUCUAUACCGCAGUCGUCUCUCUCCUCAGCAUGACCGUUGCCGCUUUUUUCGCAGAUGUUGUUGGUCUGAUCGAGCUUGGUCAUGCAAUUGUGCUGAUCCUCUUUGUCGGAGGCGGCUUGGGAUUCGUGGGUUGGGUCAAACUCAGGAAGAAUGAUCCUCUCGUCAACAUCGCUUGUUCACUUACAUCCUUGGGCCUGAUCACUAUACUUACCAAAGAAGGAGCCAUCCAAGCCGGAGAUUACUCUUUCAAAACGAUUACUCAGAUUCUGAAAAUGAUAGUCGCCGGUGUGGUCGCAACGAUGCUGGUAUCAUUCCUGAUAUUCCCCAUCUCGGGCCGUGCAAGGUUGAAGAAGAACAUCCUCGAUGUCACGGACACACAGUCCGACAUGCUUGCUCUAAUAACGAGCAGCUUUUUGUCGGGAGAUGAAGCCGAGCUUGAGAACGGCAUUAUUUCUGGUGUCACUGAGCGGCACAAGGAAGUCUCUGGCACCGUCAACCAGAAUUUGAAGGAAGCGAAAUAUGAGCACUAUUUACUCGGCACGGAAAGGCAAGCUAUGGUCGAGACACGGCUUGCACACUGCAUACAGCGCAUCUCUCAAAGCAUUGGUGGUCUGAGAAGUGCUGCAGCAAUGCAGUUUGUCGUCGUCAAGGAACCCCCAUUUGGAUCAGUCUUCCGUUCCGAAGGUACCGCUGGACUCACACACCUCUUCUCUCCGGAAAGUCCUACUGCUGGUGGUGACAGCAGAACCUCAUUCCACAACCUCUUUCCAGUGUCGUCUUCUCAGGUGCCACAGGGCGAAAGGUUCCAGUCUGGUGAACAGCCCUUCCGCACCCCUGCACAAAUUUUUGAGCUAUUUAUCCAGAAUCUAGGUCCAGCCUUGCGAUCGCUUGCUUUUACCUUGAAGGAAAUCCUCGACCACCAUCCAUUUGACCCCGCGCAAUAUUACGCCGUUAGCACUAAUCCCAAGUUCAAGAUCAGCCUGGACCGUGCGAUCGACCUGUACAAGGACAGUCGUCGGAAGUCACUGGCCGUCGUAUAUGGACAGAAAGAUAUGGAUCGUUCCCGACCCCUUGCGGUGCAAGCAGAUUGGGAAGACGCCGCGGCUUGUUGUGGGCAUUUCUCCUUUUCUUUGGUCGAGGUUGCUGAAUCGGUCAAAGAGUACCUGAAUAUUCUGGACGAGUUGCAACUCGAGGUUGAUGAGCAUCCAUCCGGUAGGACAUGGAACUGGUUGAAAUUCUGGCAAUCAGACAGUGACCGACACCAGCUGCAUGGCCUCGACCCUGAUUUUGCCCAAAUCGUGAAGAAGACAGACGAACUUGAUCUCCAGUUUUCGAAUAAGCCACUGAACAUGGCCCGGCCUUACAACGAGGCUGCCUGGAAUGGUCGGGCACGCAUCAAACGAAAGCUGUUUCACAAAAUCUACGAUGCGUCCGCCCUUUUUCGGCGUGCAGAUGUCAAGUUCGCUAUCAAGGUCGGCUUUGGUGCUAUGCUAUACGCGUUGCCGAGCUUUCUACCCGCAACACGUCCCAUAUACUCACAUUGGAGAGGCGAAUGGGGCCUAUUGUCUUACAUGCUAGUGUGCAGUAUGACAAUAGGCGCAUCCAACACGACCGGCUACUCGCGUAUAUUGGGCACAUGCCUCGGCGCCGCCCUAGCAAUAGCGGCAUGGAAAGUAUCCAAUGACAAUCCCUUCGCUAUGGCCGCCCUAGGGUUUUGCAUGGCGUAUUGGACAGCCUACAUUAUUAUUGGCAAGGGCAAGGGUCCAAUGGGACGCUUUAUCAUGUUGACAUACAAUCUCAGCGCAUUAUACGCGUACAGCGUCAUGGCACAAGACGAUGAUGGCGAUGGGGACGAAGAAGACUCUGGAAAUCGUCCUCUGAUCGUUCAGAUCGCUACACACCGUGUUGUGGCAGUCAUCUCCGGUACCAUCUGGGGUCUAAUAAUUACGCGCCUCAUCUGGCCGAUAUCUGCGCGACAAAAACUGAAGGACGGACUGUCAUUGUUAUGGCUGCGUAUGGGGCUGAUCUGGAAGAGGGAUCCACUGGCCGCCAUCACAGACGGCAUGCACCCGGACCGGUACAUGAAUCUUCGCGAGGAGUUCUAUCUGCAAAAGUUUCUGGCUAAGCUCCAGAGCCUUACGGAAGCUUCCAAGAACGAGUUCGAAUUCAGGAGACCGUUUCCACAUGCAACCUAUGCACGUAUCCUCAAGAAGACGGAAGAAAUGCUAGGUGCCUUCCACGCAAUGAACGAGGUAAUUCUCAAAGACGCGAAUGCCUCGCCUGGAGAGGAGGCGCUACUGAAGGCGACAGUCGAUGAACGAGCACAACUAUGCGGCAGAAUCAGCCACUUGUUCAGCGUCCUGGCAAGCUCCAUGAAGCUCGAAUACUCAAUCGCUAGCGACGCGUUACCAAGCAUAGAUCACACGCGGGACAGGCUGUUGGCUAAAGUGUUUGCAUACCGACAGAGUGACGGGCAGGAGCGGAAAACCAAUGAUGAGGACUACAGCUUGCUGUACACGUAUGCUUUGGUUACAGGGCAACUGAAUCUCGGCAUACAAGACGUGCUGAAGGACGUGGAGGAACUCUUUGGUAUCGUGGACGAGGAAGCGCUUCGGCUUGAAUGAACCGCCAUUGACCCCAAGUCACAAAAGUACUCGUAACCUAGAAAUAAAAAUGUCCUUCGUG